CGAAGCAUUGACGUCCCUAUUAUGGACGGUCUUUUAUUUUGAAGGUGGCUUUCGCCACGAGUUGGCGGUGUAUUACCGUAAUGCAGAGUAUGAACAAAAUGAGGCGCUGCUGGCUUGACUUCUUCACGAGUGGAGGCUGGCCUCCCAGUCAACUGGAAUUGGUCGAGUUUCGUUUUUAUUCCACUUGCAUGUUCUUUAUCUCGGUUUUAUCCAGUAUAUUUGACCAUAAACUUCGUUUGAAAUGAUCGCAACAAAUCCAACCUCCUGCGUCCGCGCAUGCGCUUCCCUCGUUGCCAGCAACUUCCGCUCCAGAUCGACUUUCGUGCACUUUUGUUCGAGCAAAUGAAUUUGCUCCACGAAUUAAUUCUUCCCGAAUGAGUUGCGAACGGAUAGAAACCGCGACACAGUGCGCCCUUCACCACUUUCAAGAAGUAAAACAUCAUUUCAAUCUUCGUGUGCGGAUAAACUCGUUUUGGUGGUGCACGUUCAGGUUUCUCGGCCUAGUUAGCUUAGCUUAGCUCGCUAGCCGCUAGCAAAGAGACGCCUUUGUAAGUAUCCAUCCCAGCCUUCCACUUUCUUUACCGCUGAUACUCACUCGGGUCGCGGGCUGCUGGGGCCUAUCCCAGCUAUCUUCGGGCGGGAGGUGGGGUACACCCAGAACCGGUCGCAAGCCAAUCGCAGCGCUUGUAAGCAACACAUUGCAAAUGAGAGCUCGCCUGUGAAGGUGUUGUGAUUAUCGUGUGCAAAAUGUGUGCGAGAACGACAGCAAAGUGCGAGAAGGAACUUUCUGGAACGAAAGAGGAGGAGGACGAGCCACGACGUCAACUUGUGGACGCUGUUCGCAUGCGGCCUCGUGUUGUGUUACACGCAGCAGACAUCACUGAAGAUCUUCAUAUUGAGCUGCAGGAGCCCGAGCCCCCUCACAUUAAAGAGGAAGUGGAGGACGAAGAGGUCCACCACAUCAAAGAGGAAGCGGAGGAGGAUGUCACCAACUUUCCAUCGACUGGUGUCCCUUUGAAGAAUGAAGAUGAAGGUCAACGUGAGGAGAGCAGAGGGGCGGAGCCUCCAAGCAGCAUCUCAAACCAACCCAUGACAACAGAAGGUGAUGGAGACUACUGUGGAGGAUCACAAGCAGAGGGCCUCUUAGCUCCACUGUCAGAUCGUGAUGACAUGACAUCGGACUCUCCUUACACUAAUGAUGAUGAUGGACAGUUUGAAGGUGAUAUGACAUGUCACACUGACAACAAACGAUUGAAAUGUUCUCAAUGUGAGAAAACUUUUGCUCGUAAGGGUCAUUUGAAACGACACAUAAGAACACACACUGGAGAGAAACCUUUUUCCUGCUCAAAUUGCGGUCAACGAUUCUCUGAAAAGGGAAACUUAAAAAAACACACCAGAUCACACACUGGUGAGAAACCUUUUGGAUGCUUAGAUUGUGGCCAAAGAUUCUCUGUGAAGGGAAACUUAAAAAUACACACAAGAACGCACACUGGCGAGAAACCUUUUUCCUGCUCAGAUUGUGGCCAAAGAUUCUCUGAAAAGGGAAGCUUAAAAAAACACACAAGAUCACACACUGGUGAGAAACCUUUUGGAUGCUUAGAUUGUGGCCAAAGAUUCUCUGUGAAGGGAUACUUAAAAAUACACACAAGAAUGCACACUGGUGAGAAACCGUUUUCCUGCUCAGAUUGUAGCCAAAGAUUCUCUGAAAAGGGAAAGUUAAAAAUACACACAAGAAUUCACACUGGUGACAAACCGUUUUCCUGCUCAGAUUGUGGCCGAAGAUUCUCUGAAAAGGGAAAGUUAAAAAAACACACAAGAACGCACACUGGUGAGAAACCUUUUACCUGCUUAGUUUGUGGUCAAAGAUUCUCUCAAAAGGGAAGCUUAACAAUACACACAAGAACGCACACUGGCGAAAAACCUUUUUCCUGCUUAGAUUGUGGCCAAAGAUUCGCUCUGAAGGGAAGCUUAAAAGACCACACAAGAACGCACACUGGUAAGAAACCUUUUGCCUGCUUGGAUUGUGGCCAAAGAUUCUCUGUGAUGGAAAACUUAAAAAGACACACAAGAGCACACACUGGUGAGAAACCUUUUUCCUGCUCAGUUUGCGGUCAAAGAUUCACUCAGAAGAUAAAUUUAGAAUUACACAUAAGAACACACACUGGUGAGAAACCUUUUUCCUGCUCAGUAUGUGGUCAAAGAUUCUCUCGAAAGGGAACCUUAAAAAUACACACAAGAAGACACACUGGUGAGAAACCUUUUGCCUGCUCAGUUUGUGGCCAAAGAUUCUCUUAUAAGUAUCAGGUUAAGACACACAAGUGUGCUGGGGAGACAAGCAGUGAUCAAGAAGCUUUUAAUGAAAAUGUAAAUGUUUGAUCUAAGUAAUUACUAUGCUACUGACUUACAAAAAUUCUCCAUUCUUGUAUUCUGCGUCCCAGCUUUUAUUGUAUCGAUCUUUUUGUUGUCCAUAUAUUUCUGAAAGCCCCGCGAGUGUUAAGAAUUAACAUUGUUGCCAAAAUGCUUUAAAGGAACCGGUUAAAGGUGAGAGCGUCGACACUUAUUCAAUAGCGGUGGACUAAUAAAUGUCUCCAGAAGAAAAGCCCUCCAGAACACACUCAGUUGUCAUUUUAGAAUCAUUUACUGAUUCAAUUUUCAGCCAGAUUUUGGCCCGCCCACAUUUCGGAUAUGUCAGCCUGACGCAUAACGAGCAGGAGCUGAUUACAUUUCCUCUCUGAACGUACGUCAGUUCAAUUUUGAAUUGAUUGCACCGCAAAUGUAUAGAAUAUGUGUGUAUGCAUGUAUAGAUCACGAAUGCGUUUCUGUAGGUGGCAUCGUGCGACGGACGUACUUUGGCUGGCUGGCUGUCAUAACGUCGGAUGACCCAUGACGAGGGUCUCACGGCCGAGCGCGUUAUGUCUCUUAAUGUCCCGAAACUGCAGCUGAGCUGUUCUGAUUUGAUAUUAUCUGAGCCAUAUAAUCUAAAAUAUUGGGCGGGUUGUUGAAAUAUUUUCAGAGGAUGAAGCUGCCAUGAGUUAGAGAUGUCUGCAUAAAUUGUGGUGAUGAUUGUUGACAGUUUUUGAAUAUUCAUCUGCUUUUAUUGGGUUCAUGCAUGAGGCCUACAAUAAUGUGGUACUCACCUGCAGUGUUUGUAUAAUUUUAAUGAUGACACCCUAAUAGAUUUGGCGGGGGACAUCGAGUCCUAGCGGACCGCCGGAGCUGUCGUGGCGGCAAUCCCCGUUGGUAUCGCCUCUCCUCUCAUCAAUUUUGUGAGACAUUUCAACCAGGUUUUCUUAAUGGUCGCACCGGUGCCGUUCAAACACCGAAUAUGCAUCGAUGUGCAGAAAGCAGGGAUAGAGACGCGUUCGGGUCGGAGGAUGGGAAGUUUGGGGCAGUGGACAAGAGGCUGUGUGAAAACAUGAGAUCAGGGACAAAGCCUAGAGACAGCAGACGAUGCUGGAAGCGGUGGAGAGGAGGAGUGCUUUCCACUGCCAAACAUCCACCAGUGCAGCGGGGGGAAAAAGAAAGGCUGCCUUGUAAAAGGCACAGGAAUCAACAAA